GUAAACAUAACCUAAAAACUUUCAGUUUGGAGGUUAGAACCGGUGAAUUUAGCAUUUUUCAAUAAAAUUAUCAUAUUACUGUAGCUAACUACUAUUGAAUUUGCUAAAAACUAAUUAUUUCCCUCUUCAAUUAUUUAGCUUUCUAAUUGUUUCGUAAUAAUAUUAUUUUGUUCGAUUUCUUUAAAUACAGUUGAAAAUGAGCUGCCGCAAUGUUGAAAUCAAGGCAAAAGUGAAAGAUUUACCAAGUUUUUUACUGAAAUGUGAAGAAGUUAGUCAAUCAGUCGGUGAAGUUAUAAAGCAAGAGGAUUUCUUCUUCAAUGCAAAAGAAGGUCGCUUGAAAUUGAGAAAAUUUGAAGGAGGCGCAGCUGAGCUAAUCUUCUACAAUCGGCCGAAUAUGGAAGGCCCCAAGCUGAGUGAAUACGAGAAGUGCAGUGUAUCAGAUGGCAGCAAACUGCAGGCGGUACUCAGUCGAGCGCUGGGAGUCAGCGGAGAAGUCAGGAAGUACAGACACUUGUUCCUAGUCGGCCAAACACGCAUCCACGUCGAUCAAGUGGAGAAUCUGGGCUCAUUCAUGGAGUUGGAGGUGGUGCUCUCGAAAAAUCAGACUCCCGAGGAUGGCGAAAGAAUAGCUGACAAUUUGAUGAAUGAACUCGGCAUCUGUAAAGAUGAUCUCGUUUCGACCGCUUAUAUUGAUUUAUUGAAGGCAAAGACAUAAAGCUCAUACUAAAAACUAAAGAUAUUAAAAACUUUCAAGUGACAACUGAAAAUAAGAACUGAACAGUGAAAAUAUUGAUUCAAUAUUAUAUUGUUACAAUUAUUUUACUAGUAGUUCUGUGAACAGUAGACCUCACGCAGUAUUCGCAUCCACAAGUACCUGAUGAAAAUUAAUUUUUUACAAUCAAAAAUAUUAUAAUUUCUCCAGCAUUAUUUAAAGUUCAUUAGGUUAUUUUUAAUCACCUAUUAACUUAAGUUUUUUCGAAUUUGAAAAUAUUGAUACUAAUGGGCAUUCAUAAUAAUACCAUGACUGCAAAACAAAAUAUUGAAACCAGAGACCUUAAAGCUGCGAUUAGACCAAAGUUAUUAAAAAAAUGUUAAUAACUCAAUCCUUAUAGAUUACAUUAGAUUGAACAAAACUUAUCAUACACAUGAUGAAGAUGUGUGUUUGUCAACUACCGCUCAAUCCAAUAGAAUCUAUAAGGAUCAAGUUAUUAACAUUUUGUUAAUAACUUUUGGUGUAAACCCAGCUUAAAGAUGCAUACCUCUUUAAGGUCUUUGAUUGAAACUAUAGACUUUAUACAAAUACAGUAAUAGACUGGCUUCUCCACACAUCUGUGUAGUCACUUGUCAACUGAUUUAUGAUGAAUAAUUCUAUAGUCUGAUUUUUACUCUAAUAUUAGCGUAUGAAGGAGGCUCCUUUUUCCUUUUAUAUUAUCCUUGAGAUGCAAAAUUUCCAAAAACCUUGUAUAUACGUCGACGCGCAAUUAAAAAAGGAACAUAUCUGUCAAAUUUCAUGAAAAUCUAUUACCGCGUUUCGCCGUAAAUGCGCAACAUAUAAACAUUUACCUCACUUCGUUCGGUCAAUUAUUGUUUUCGUAAUAAAAUUAUUUUCAGUUUCAGACUGCGUAGUUCGUAAAUUUUUAGUAUGCGUAUCACAACUUCUGUAGCAGAACUGUGUCAUUUUCAAGAAUAUCAAUUUGUUAUGUAUGAUUAAUCCAAAUUAAAAUUCUUCAUUGUAUAAAUGA